GUUCCAUUUCAUCGUUCGUCGUUGGUGGACGCGUCGCACAAUGCCGGAAAAAUACUGCAAAAAUCCAUGAUUUCCCAUGAAAUCACAUACGUAAAGUUGUCAUACGAUAAGGAAAUCGCGUUUUUGGCAUUCGCAAGUGAAAAAUCAGUGGAACAACAUGUGAAAAUUCACCAAUAAGAUCCUCGUAUCGCGAGUGUGUUUUCCCGGUUCGCAUUUGUUGCUGAUGCAUUUCCCGGUGUUGUGCGUUCGCUGAUAAGCACUGGUGAUGCUGAUGAGUGUUGGAAGGCGAUAUUCGUGAUUGCUUAUCAAGUUAGUGCCACUCGUUCAAAGUGUUCCAAAUGUGUACGAUUGUGUUCUACACGCCUUUUACCGUCUGCCCGAAGGAGAGUUGCUCCAAAUACAAAUAGGUUUCAGUUUGUGCAGUUGUCGAAGGUGUAGGAAAUCGAAAUGGGAAGAUCGGGCGAGAGAAAGCGCUGGUGCCACGCCGGGAUGUGCCGGAGGACGGUGGUCGGUAGUUUAUUUUGUUUACUGCUCGCCAUAAAUCAUGUUGCAGCGCAGCUAAUAAUCAACGUACAAAAUCAGGGAGGCGAAAUCGUACAGGAGACAAUAACUUCCAGCGUCGGAGAUGAAACCUGCACGCUGGAAUUCCAGAGAAGUGAUGGAACUUUAAUAACUGAGCUGAUAGACUUCAAAAGUGAAGUGCAGGUCCUGAAAGCGCUCGUGCUCGGCGAAGAAGAACGAGGACAGAGCCAAUAUCAGGUGAUGUGCUUCGUGACCAAAUUCCAGAAAGGAGAUUUCAUCACUGCCGAUGCGAUGGUAAAACUACGACAGAAAAAUCCCAGCACGAUCCGAACACCGGAAGAGGACCGAGGGAAGGAGAACUACACGAUGACGGGCUGGGUACUGUUGGACCGUGCCACGCCAAUUUCACGUCACGUGGCACCGUUCUGUGUGGAAGCGCAGGAGGCCACGUACGUGCGCGACGUCGAUCUGAAGGCGUGGGCCGAACUACCAGGAUCAUCGAUUUCGAUACUGGAAUCGGCGGUGAAGUUGUUCCCGUCGGCAAACACCGUAACGGCUCCAUCGCGCUGCAGCGACGUCAGUGCCAUCUGGGCCCCGUGCAUCUGCACGCUGGAGAUGUGUAUCGGCUGGUACCCGUGCGGGUUGAAGUACUGUAAGGGCAAGCCGGAGAACGCACUGCAGAACAACGGUGGCGGUAGCUACCGGUGCGGGAUCAAAACGUGUCGCAAGUGCCAUCAGUACUCGUACUACGUACGCGAGAAGCAGCAGUGUCUGUGGGAUGAAUGACCGAAAAUGGCCCAUCGGUGCCCUCAGCAACCUUCAGCAGCAGCAGCAGCAUCAGCAAUAGCACUACUAGCAACGACAACAACAGCAUCGCAAACAUCACAGCUGACCCCGGCCUUGUAUGCUGGGUUAGGUUCGUACCUUGACGGAGCAGGCCUGUACAGUGGCGGAAGUGGCGGCAGUUCCUGGAGCAGCAAACACUUGCAGACACACUCGGGAUGGAGUACAGCACGCAAACCAGACCGAGUGGUACUACAGCAUCGUUCAGCACUACCCCCGUUCCGUGCACCUCCGGCUAUCGAUUACGGUAAUCGCCACCAAUAUCGGGAACAUUAUCGAAUGGAACAGGAACGUUGGUCUGGUGCCGAUUACGGCAGUUCACCGCAGCGGCCAGCACCAGCCUGGUGGUUAUCGCUGGAUCUGCUGUUAAUCUGCACGUUACUACCGAAGGCGACGCAGUGGACCAGCAAAAAGCAGUACAAUACCAGCGUACCAGUAACAACCAUUAGCAACAGUGGCGAACGACGACGAACGCCUACGGAAGCUCCAGCGUCAUCAUCAUCGAUCGCAUCUGCAUGCUGGACGCAACAAAGACCGCUCGAUGCAGGUGAUCGGUCGAGCGCGAAACACAAAUCACCGCCACCUUCGCCGAUGUACAGGUGUUUCCCGGAGCACAUCCACCCACCAACUUGGAAAGCCGCGCCAGCAGCCGAAACAAUCAGUGAAUUUAACUUUACCCUACGAACACCAUUAUUGCCAGCAACAGUGCCAUUGAGGUUGUGGAAGGUGGCCCAGGUAGCCACCACAAGACACCAUCCCCCGUUCGCCGCUCCUAACCGAGCCACCACAGUACGGAUGUCUCCUUUCGAAAAGGGUUUUCAGUUUAACGAAAUUAUUUUAUAGCACAAAUAGGUGUAAUGAGUUGUACCCCUGCCUCCUUUUGCUCGUUCCUUCCCUUUCCCGCGUUUGCCAGUUUGUUUCUUUUAUUUGCUGUUAUUUGCACACAAACGGCAGGCCACAGUUCCUGUAAUCUGUAAUCUGUUCCGCACGAAGUCCCCGAGUGCGCGGCGCGAUUUUAUGUCCAGUCGUAAAGCGGACGUCGCAGGAUUUGCGAGUGUCAACUGCUGAGCAAGUGGUAACUUGAGCAGGUAGCGCUCAGUCGCAACGCAAAACAAAGACAUACGAUGGAUCGUCUAGAGCGAGAGAGAGGGCAGCCAGGUCCCUGUGGUGGCCUUUCGGCAGUAAUCAAUUCCAAACCGUGUACCGCUGGACGCUCGCCGCUCGAUUCGUGUAGCACAAAUAGGAUAAGGAGGAUUUAAAGUAACACACUUACCUUCCACCAUCAGUCAGUUGUGUGAGGAAGGCGCCCGUGUACCUUUUUUUUCGGACGAAACUUACCUUUCCGUCGGGCUAGUAAAUGGAUCGGAACCGCAUUACAAAGAAAAUGCCGCCACCAAACCAGGGUCGGGAACGCACCUUUAUCCGGGCACUAGAAGAUUGGCGAAGGAGAACAAAAAAAAAACAAACGAAACACAGUAUUAAAACACUCAAACGAAAUGGAAUGUACGAAGCCAUAAAGAAAACCGUAAAGAACAGUAGGGUCCUUCUACUUGGCACGUUCGGUGUUGAGGGGCCCAUUCCACUUCUCUGUUUUAAAGACUAACAACGCCUCGGAUUCGACAACCGUGUGCAAAAUGUUCAGGUUGAUUACAUUCCUAUGGGUUGGGCGUGCGGAUUUUGUGUGUGUUUUUAUUUCCGUCCAGGAGCGCGGUCCACCUUUCAUCGUUCGCUUGCGCUGCUGGGUGGGAUUCUUCAAGUUGUUAUUUUUUUUUUCGUUCUUCCGUCCAUUCGGGCUUUCAACAAUCCUCGCGUGUAAAACCGGGUUGGUACCGAGAGUGAAGCAUUAGCCAUACCACCGAUGAAAUUAUUUCAAAUCCCUCUCGUCCACCAUCCACCAUCUUCUCUCUCUCUCUUUCUCGCUCUUUGUAGGCAAGAAUAGGCAACACCUCGGACCCGGUGACGGCCGACCAGUGUGAAACUGUGGAAAUGGUUUUGCUUUUUAUCUACUGUUCCUAAUCUCUCGCACUUGCAAUUUACUUUCCUUAAUUGUUUCUUCUAUGUCGUGCCCGGUGCGGUACGGCGAUGGUACGCAUGAGAUAUGGUGCAAGCGUGGUAACGGAACAUUUUCGAUGGAGACGCCCAGUGUUUUACGUUUCUUGCGUGUGUAACACACUAGCAGGUUUUUUAUUUAGUUUUCGUUUUUUCUUUUGCAUUCCCGCGUUAAAGACUAGCGUAGACUUUGUUGCACAAGAAUGUUUACUGUUCAAGCAUCUACCAAGUAAUUGUGUUUGUGUGUCUGUGUUUUUAUUGUGCUUGUACGCUACUUAGUUUUCAAUUGCUAAACGGCACUCACGGAGAGGCCACCAUGAAUAGAAAUUCAUAUUCAUUGCCGGCGCUUCAAAGCAGCAGUUUUUUUUCCUUUUCCGAAUAAUUUAUACCGUUGUUAUCCAAACAACGCUUUUAAAAGCGAGCAGUAAGGGUUUCUUUUUAUUCCUUUUUCUGUUUUGCGUGAUCUCAUUCUGUUAUGCGAUUCGCUUUCCGUUUGAUAUUUUGAGUGGUCAUUCAAAACCAGCUCGAGAUAUAGCAUGAAAUUACUAUUACGCUUGAAUUGCAUAGAAAUGUUGAUUUGUUUCGUUUACCUUUCGCCAGCUAUUCGCUAGUCGUCCCGUGUUUGCCGUGAUGAGGCUGGUGCGCCCAAAAUGCUUUCAUAAAUCCUGUGCAUCAUGUCUUUUGCUGCUGGGUGAAUCGGCAUUCCGCUGUAGGUCCGUUGUUUUGCUAGCUGCCAUACUUGGUGGGGAAUAUUUUUGUGUGAAGUAUGAACAAAUUGAGCACGGGGAAAGUUCAUCACAACGUAGAAUUCAAAAGAAAAAAGUUAACGUGGACGUCAAUUUUCAUUUGCUAUUUUCAAAAGGAAUAAGCAUAUUAGACUUUCAACAUACCUUCUCGUGGAUAUAGUAUUAUCCAAAAAAUUCUUUAUAUGCGUUCCUGUGGUCUUACAACAAUGUUCUUCACUUUCCGGAUCGCCCAAAAAUAGAUCAUCAUGUUCACCGCCCUCGAGCAACCAAGUCGCAACGCUUUUUCGUUAUAUUCUCAAAUAUUCCAAGGAGACCGCAAAUAUUCUAUCGUCCACGUUUACGCUUUCGCUCGGAGCGCGUAUCGAAAGAGAAGCAAGCGAAACAUAAAAACACAGCAUCCGGAAACACAAACGCCACCACCGGAGCACAUUCAAUUGGUGGGUUCUUCUCGAUCGAGAUCGGCAAAACCUGAAGAAGGUGAAUGUUUCUUUCGGGUUGUGGCGUUGUUGUUUUUUUCGUUUUCAUUUUCGUCAGUCAUUUCCCGUGCGCUUCUUGGCGGUGACACUUGACAUCGUGUCGCAACUUUGGUGGUAAGCUUCCGAGCCACUCCACGCCUGCGAGUCGAGUGACACUCUGCUUCGUUGUCCAAAGAAACUGUAUUCGUCUCCCCCGCCCAAUGCGCACCGAGUGGAUGAGAACGAAACAAACAGGCCCUAACCGUUUUUUUCUCCAUGGUGUCGGUUGGGGAGAAAAAUCCAAAUCAAAAGCAUUGCAAGUACACUCGGUUGCUGCUUCCGUUUGCUGGAUGCAGAAGGAUCGGGAAAAGUGAAGAGAAACCGGAACACAGGAAGCCGUAGAGCAUCUCGUGCCAGUUGCCGCCCACUCAAAGUCUGGCAGCAUCUUUGUUUGAAUACAUAAUUUGUUUAUGCAGAAGAAGCAGCGGCAGCAACAUCAUCAUCUUGGUGAAGAUAGAAGCCAACCAAGCCAAGCCAGACAGGUCGAGACAAUCUUCACGACGACGACGACUCGCUCCGGUUAGGUUUCGUAGUAAGUUCAUUUCCUGGACCCUUCCUCCCGCCACGAUUGUCGAUGUCGUUUGUUGUCUGCCAACAACUUCCCACCGUGCUGCAAUGUUAGUUCUGUCUUUGCAAUGGUCUCUUACCUGUUUGGCGUCUGCAUACACCGUACAGCAGCAGCCAGCACUUUCGUCUACUAUUCUACUAAGCUGUGUGCCUGUGUGUAUACCUGGUUAUUUGUGGUGUUCCCGUAGCCCUUGCCGUUGGAAUCGUUUAUUUUUUAUUUAUUUUCACUUUUCCCUUUCGUACCAACACACUCACAUACACACCCAAAAACACAUUGCCAUGACUGGCAUGACUUUAAGAAGGAACGAUAGAAAAUUUAAAAUAAAACUCGAUGGAACUGUUGGACAGGGACGGUCGGUCCAAGAAAGUCGGGCAAGUAAUUUGCGCAUUUGUAAAUACAUGUUCGUUUAUUUCGGUUGCUACACGUGUUGUCUUUUGUGUACGGUAACGAGAAGAACGGUUUCCUCUCGUUCCCGUUCCGCUACCCGAUUCUUUUUCGUUCCCCGCUUUCUUCCGUGCAUUAUUUAUUCCGCAUUCGAUCGACAUCCGGCACACGAUGAAGGUUGUGCACCGGGGACGCAACCGACUGUCGUCGUACUUUUUAUUCUUUCAUUUAUCUACGCUGUACAGAACCAAAACCAGUACCCGCUCGUCAUCGAGUGGUACGGUUUGGUGAAGAAAAAAACAUGCUAUACAUAACAAUAAAUAAUAAAACAGUAAUGGGUAGAGCGCUCAGGAAAGGUUGGCCCAGUGUAAAAGAGAUUGCGGGUGACACCAUUACUAGCGAGACGGCCGUAGCGGAGCGAAACCGAGUAAAAGUAGCUGACAAAGGAUAAUGCUUGGCCGCGGUGCGGGCGUACUUUGCUGUAGGGUACAUUAAUGUUAAGCAGAUAAUAGUAUUAUAUUGUGUCAAGCAAGCGGCAGCAGAAGCUGCACCCUGCGUUCCACUAUUUCAAUUGGUUUACUGGUGAAUUUUUUUGAGCUUUUUUUCUUGUCCGCAUACAUCAAUCAUCAGUACACUCAAUUACAUUCAGCAUUUUCUUUUCGGAAAAAUGUGUAAAAUUAAUUUAGCUCAUCCAUAUUUUACUCACAGUAAAACAAAAUUAAUCACAACCCUGAUAGGUAUUGAUUGAUACAAUACAAAAAAAAAAGUUUUGAUUUCAACACAAACAGCUAAAUGUCUCAGUGCCAUCACGUAACACGUGUGCAGAGAUGGGGUGUAUAAAAAAAACAAGACUCAGCAUAGACCCGCGCGAAUCGCAUUACUUAGCAUAACUAAGCCUAGCUAAGCCUGAAUGGAGAAAGUGGCAAACAUUUCUCAAAACGAUCAACCACCGUGACUGGUGCUGUAUAGUUAAAUAGAGAGAUAGAAACCUUAAACCUUAAAGCGUAACAAGAAUAUAACCAAUCGGAAAACUGCUAGAAGACGAUACACACACACACACACUCAUGAAAGAGAGAGAGAGAAAAAAAAUACAUCAACAUAAUACGUGGCCUUAGCUUUCCUCUGAUACUUCCUUCUUUAUAAAGUAAGCAAAGCGUGCCGGAGUGUCUGUGUACUAUGUGUGCGCAGUGCUAGAAAUACUUCAAAGCAAAACCAAACAUACUCAACAUUCGCAGAAAAAGAGGGAGAGAGUAACACAAUCGAAAGGAGAAGCAGAAACGAAUGCAAAAAAAAAAGCCACCACAUAGCGGCUUACAAGUGUGGAUGAAUAAACAAAUACCGUAGUGUGAUAGUAGUAUCAAAGCGAACAAAAAAGAAAACUAGCAGUACAAGCCCUGAACACACAGCAGCCAAGAAAACACGACGAAUGCACAUCGAAUGCACAGAAGAAAAGGAGAAAAGCGUUAGAAACGACUAGAAGCAAAACAGUAAUUAAAAACACGGUAGGAAUCCUUUUAAAAAGGGUGAAAAUAACCUCCAAACAACCACGCCUCCGAUAGGCCUCCCGAACCACCCGGCAAAAUAUGAUCCGUGAGCAUGAGUAGUGUUUCCUCAAAUUGAAAAGUGAAACCCGGGCCACACCCUGCUGCACCGCACGCAACUGCCAACUGUUUAUUUUUGCGCCCAAGUUGAUGUAAGUAAUUUUUCAUGUCGACCGAACGCGCCUGUUCCCCAGCUUCACCCAAUCCGACCGAAGAGCAAGUAACCGGUUUCCUUUCGUACGCCAACGCACUGCAAAUCGGGGGUAACCACCCCCUUUGUACUGCUACUAAAGGGGGGGUGGGGUGCGGAGGAAAACUUUUCGCACAACCGUAAGUAAGGUUGGGAAGCCGUUAAGUUCGGUCGUAACUUAGACCCCCGCCGCUCGUAAGUCAAUCAAGCUGGGUUGGGUGGGUUGAGUUUUUCGGAAGGAAAGGUGGCAGACCAUUAGUGUGACGGCAAAUAAAACCCAAAGGGGUCCCGUCCUGGGGAGGGGGAGAGCAACUUUCCCAAAGUGUAAUUACUGCGCGAAAAGAGGGGGGGGGGAGAGUGCGUCCGUGCGGAAGAUAGUUUGCAAUGGGGCGCGAGUCAUGCACCGUGUCUCGGGUGAGCGUUUCAGGGAACUUGUUAAGCGUUACCAUCGUCUGGUAAACGCAACACUUGCAAACCCCGUUGAACGGUGCCCGUCUUUCGUGACCGUUUAACCGGCGUGUACGAGUUUUCCUUAAGAAGUAAUGAUUAUCUUCUGGUGGUGGUAGAUAUAUGUGGGUUUGGUUCCUUUGGUCCAGUGUGUAAUAUUUUUAAUGCUUUUCGAGCCUUGGUGGUGGUGAAUUUUACGGGGAGGGUUGAAAUGACUAGCAACAGUACAAUGUAACAGAGUAAGAUUUCCGUUUCUCCGCCUGCGAGCUUGUUCCUAAACAUUCCCAGUCUUACAUUUCGCAUUUCAAUAUCUGCCGAUUCAAAUUCGAGCGAACAGCAAAGGAUUAACCCCUAUGGAAAACAAAACGCACAAGCUCAAUCCACAGUUCAUAAAAAACACCCUUAUAGAUUAUUAUUAAAAUUGGCAAUGAUACUGUACAAUCGAUCCUGCUCCGCUAAUAUCGCGAGUAAAGCAAAGCAGCAGAAAACCAAUGUAGCUUGUAAUAUAGGCAGCAGUAAGAAUCAGCGGAAGAAUCAUACAGCUUGCGCCGACGUAAAGUAUAUAUAUAUAAAACAGAGCGCAUAUAUUAUAUAGUAUAUAUUUUAUACGAAGCUAUAGACAACCCCGAGCGAAUGCUAGCAUAUAUUUCUCGGCCGAAAGAGGGUGUAGAAUGGAAAGGAGAGAAAGAAAUGGAAGAAAAAAGAAAACACGACAACAGAACAAAAAGAAAAUGUAAUAUAAUUGAAAACUCUAAAUAUACUUACAGAUUUGAAAGGAGAA